AUGUCAAACCCUCAGCCGGUUUUCAGGUCCCCCCCGUUCCCCACCUCUGCCGGCCGGCAACAGAGCCGGUGGGCUGCAAAUGUGGAGCUCGCCGAACGGCCGCUUAGCGUGACCGGCCCUGACAGGCUCCACGCCCAGGUCCGGCGCCGACAGAACAACGACAGGGCCAUUAUCGAGAACCCCUUGGCGCAUCUCACAGACGAGGACCUGGUCGCCGACGUGCGGCACUUCUCGCAGGCAUGUCUCCCCGACGUCGAUACGGAGAGAAUUCUCCGGGCAGCCCGUGUCGCCAAGGACAUCCGGACCUACGACGAAGUUGCCCGGAGCACCGUCCCCGACGCCGGGCGUGACCUGCCCGUCCAGCUGACCGCCAACGAGAAGCGGGCGCUCAAGGCCGAGAGGGACAGCCUGCUAGAGGGCGGCAUGCUCAUCGUGAUUCUGACCGUAUCGCUGGCCGCCUUCCUCCAGGGCCACGUCCAGAGCAGCAUCAACGGCGCGUCGCUGUAUGCCCACGUCUUCGGCCUACCUGACGGCGGCGGCUCCGACAGCGGCUCCGACACGGCCCUCGACGUCAGCGCCUUCGACGAGUGGAAGCUCGGCGCCGCCAACGCGUCGCCCUUCCUGUUCGCCGCCGCACUGGGAUGCCCCCUUGCCCUGCCCAUCAACGACCUCUUCGGCCGCAGGGGUGCCAUGGCCAUCGCGGCGGUGCUGAUCUUUUCGAGCUCCUUGGGCGUCGUGUUUGUGCAUCACUGGUAUGAACUUUUCGGCGUGAGGGUGAUAAACGGCGUGGGCAUGGGAAUAAAGGCCGUUAGUACACCAAUCUUGGCGGGUGAGACUUCUCUAGGCUUCUGGAGAGGCACAAGCAUACUUGCCUGGCAGCUCUGGGUGGCGUUCGGGAUGAUGAUCGGAUUCGUUUUCAACCUCAUCUUCACCAGCGCGAAAAGCGACUCGACGACGGUGAGGUUGAUCUUGGGUGCCCCCAUGGUGCCUUCAUUGAUGCUGCUCGCGGGCCUGUACUUCUGCCCCGAGUCGCCACGAUACUACAUGCGGCCAAGAUCUCUUAAUUACAACCCGGCGAAGGCAUACAAGAUCUUGCGGAGGUUGCGGAAAACAGAACUCCAAGCACUAAGAGAUGUCUAUCUCGUCUACAAGUCCAUCGAGCAGGAGUAUUACCUGGGUGCCGACGACCUCGACCAUCCAGAGCGACUCGCUUCCCAAAGUGUCCUCUAUAGACUGGCUGGGUACUUGCGCCAGUACAAACAACUCUUCAGAGUGCGGAGAUUACGCAACGCGCUCAUCAGCAGCGCCACCGUCAACCUCGCCCAGCAGCUCUGCGGAAUCAACAUCCUGGCCUUCUACUCGGGAACAGUGUUUCUGUAUGGAGGCGCAACUACGACCAAAGCAAUGGAAUUCAGCUUCGGAUUCGGGGCCAUCAACUUCUUCUUUUGCCUCCCCGCAAUACGGACCAUCGACACUCUGGGCCGGCGAAAGUGGCUGACCAUCACCCUGCCUUUCAUGGCUGUCUUCCUGGCUGCUGCCGCCCUGUCGUUCCGCAUUACCGACAAGGGCGUCCGGACCGGCAUAGUGGCCAUGUGGCUGUUCCUUUUUGCGGCGGCGUACUCUCCUGGACCCAUUCCUUUCACCCUCGCAUCCGAGAGCUUCCCCUUGUCCCAUCGCGAAUCUGGCUGCGCAUUCGCCAUCGCAGUCAACCUCUUCUUCGCCGGCCUCCUAUCCAUCUGUUUCCCAACCAUCAUCUCCCACCUCCACAACGGCGGCACCCUCGCCCUCUUCUCGGGCCUCAACCUCGUCGCCCUGGCCCUCGUCUUCGCCCUGGUGGAGGAGACCAAGCGCCGCUCGCUCGAGGACCUGGACCUCGUCUUUGCCGUCCCCAAGCGCGCCCACGUCCGCUACCAACUCGGCACCUACCUGCCCUGGUUUGCCCGCCGGUACCUACUCGGCCGCCGCGGGGAGGAGAAGCCGAGCUUGUACGUGGACAUGAUCUGGGGGAGCACGGGAGGGGGAGGUGGGGCGGGAGAAGGGGGUGGGGAUGAUAAGGGGUUGGGGACUGCUGCUGGUCGUCGGGAGGACGAGGGCGUGUUUGGAGAUGGUUUUGUCGGUGGUGGAAGGGGGGAUUCGGAUGCCGAGUCGGUUGACACGCUGCAUGCCUGAGGGGGUGGGUUUUGAACGGAGCUGAAAUGGCGGUUCUGUUGCUACCCGGUAGCUUGUAAGUCUACGCCGAAUGGCACAAAAAUGGAGAUAUACACGCGGCACACACACACACGCACACAUGCACAUACGUAUUUAAGCAGGGGCAAGGUCAGGCAAAGGCAGGCAGAUUCAUGGUUCUAGCUAGCCUUCGUAGAAUAAUCUUCUAGUCAAAAUACAGUACCGACCAUAAAGCAAGAAAGAAAAGGAACUGCGGGCAGAUAACAAAAAAAAGAACGAAAACCCGGAUAAGGCGA